GCGGGGGCCGCGGGGGUCCCGGCGCGCGGGAGCGGGAGCGGCCCGGGGAGUCGGAGCGCACCAUGGAGGCGGCGGCCGGCGGUCGCGGCGGCUUCCAGCCGCACCCGGGGCUGCAGAAGACGUUGGAGCAGUUCCACCUGAGCUCCAUGAGUUCGCUGGGCGGCCCGGCAGCCUUCUCGGCGCGCUGGGCGCAGGAGGCCUACAAGAAGGAGAGCGCCAAGGAGGCGGGCGCGGCCGCGGUGCCCGCGCCGGUGCCUGCGGCCGCCGAGCCGCCGCCCGUGCUGCACCUGCCCGCCAUCCAGCCGCCGCCGCCCGUGCUGCCCGGGCCCUUCUUCAUGCCAUCCGACCGCUCCACCGAGCGCUGCGAGACCGUCCUGGAGGGCGAGACCAUUUCGUGCUUCGUGGUGGGCGGUGAGAAGCGCCUGUGCCUCCCGCAGAUCCUCAACUCGGUGCUGCGCGACUUCUCGCUGCAGCAGAUCAACUCGGUGUGCGACGAGCUCCACAUCUACUGCUCGCGCUGCACGGCUGACCAGCUGGAGAUCCUCAAAGUCAUGGGCAUCCUGCCCUUCUCGGCGCCCUCGUGCGGGCUCAUCACCAAGACGGACGCGGAGCGCCUGUGCAAUGCGCUGCUGUACGGGGGCGCCUACCCGCCACCCUGCAAGAAGGAGCUGGCCGCCAGCCUGGCGCUGGGCCUGGAGCUCAGCGAGCGCAGCGUGCGCGUGUACCACGAGUGCUUCGGCAAGUGCAAGGGGCUGCUGGUGCCGGAGCUCUACAGCAGCCCGAGUGCCGCCUGCAUCCAGUGCCUCGAUUGCCGCCUCCUGUACCCGCCACACAAGUUCGUGGUGCACUCGCACAAGGCCCUCGAGAACCGGACCUGCCACUGGGGCUUCGACUCGGCCAACUGGCGGGCCUACAUCCUGCUGAGCCAGGACUACACGGGCAAGGAGGAGCAGGCGCGCCUGGGCCGCUGCCUGGACGACGUGAAGGAGAAGUUCGACUACGGCAACAAGUACAAGCGGCGGGUGCCCCGGGUCUCCUCCGAGCCCCCAGUCUCCAUACGAAAAACAGACGACCCUCCCUCCCAGCACCCCACGUCUUCGGAGAAGGACAAGCAGUCAGGCUGGCUGCGGACCCUGGCCAGCUCCUCCAGCAAGAGCCUGGGCUGUGUUCACCCGCGCCAGCGCCUCUCCGCCUUCCGACCCUGGUCCCCUGCGGUUUCUACGAGUGACAAAGAGCUCUCCCCACACCUCCCAGCCCUGAUCCGAGACAGCUUUUACUCCUACAAGAGCUUCGAGACCGGCGUGGCCCCCAACGUGGCCCUGGCCCCGCCUGCCCAGCAGAAGGUCGUGAGCAGCCCUCCAUGCGCCACCAUCGUGUCCCGGGCCCCCGAGCCCCUCGCCACCUGCGUCCAGCCGCGGAAGCGGAAGCUCACCGCGGACACGCCUGGGGCCACAGAGACGCCAGCGCCUACGGCUGCCCCGGAGGACGACAAGGACUCGGAGGCCGAGGUGGAGGUGGAGAGCAGAGAGGAGUUCACCUCCUCCCUGUCCUCGCUCUCCUCUCCGUCCUUUACCUCAUCCAGCUCUGCCAAGGACCUGAGCUCCCCAGGUGUGCACGCCCCGCCGGCCCCGUCUGCGGCCCCUGACACCGCGGCCCCCGCCGAUGCCCCGAGUGGGGGGCUGGAGGCGGAGCUGGAGCACCUGCGUCAAGCCCUGGAGGGCGGCCUGGACACCAAGGAGGCCAAAGAGAAGUUCCUGCACGAGGUGGUGAAGAUGCGCGUGAAGCAGGAGGAGAAGCUGAGCGCCGCCCUGCAGGCCAAGCGCAGCCUCCACCAGGAGCUGGAGUUCCUGCGCGUGGCCAAGAAGGAGAAGCUGCGUGAGGCCACGGAGGCGAAGCGCAACCUGCGGAAGGAGAUCGAGCGCCUGCGCGCGGAGAAUGAGAAGAAGAUGAAAGAGGCCAACGAGGCCCGGCUGCGCCUGAAGCGGGAGCUGGAGCAGGCGCGGCAGGUGCGGGUGUGCGACAAGGGCUGCGAGGCCGGCCGCCUGCGCGCCAAGUACUCGGCCCAGAUCGAGGACCUGCAGGUGAAGCUGCAACACGCGGAGGCCGACCGUGAGCAGCUGCGCGCCGACCUGCUGCGGGAGCGCGAGGCGCGGGAACACCUGGAGAAGGUGGUCAAGGAGCUGCAGGAGCAGCUGUGGCCGCGGCCCCGCCCCGAGGCCGGGGGCGGCGGCAGCGAGAGUGCCACGGAGCUGGAGCCCUAGCGACCCGCCGCCUGCUGUCCCUGGGUUCGCGGCGGGGCCGGGCCGCUGGGGGCUCUGCGCGGGGCGGGGCGCCCCGUUCCCAGCCCAUAUAGCACAACGUCUUACUGUGCCUACAACCAAGCGAGUGUUUGGAACCACAUACUUUUGGAAUCCACUGCAAAAUUUUCUACUGGCCAAGUUCAAGCGAGCAAGCUGGGUCCCCACCUGUGGCCGGAAACAAGGCCAGCUCGGUGGCUGCAGCCGGCCUCUGCCUGCUGGAACGUUCUAACAUUUACACUUUUGUUAUAAGCUAUUUAAACCAGUAAGAAGACUUGAUAUUCAGAAAAGAAAUCGACACGUUUUUUAAUGACUAACUUUUAAAAGCCCCACCAACACGUGACGCCAUUUGAGGACCCACUGAGGGGCCGGGGCGGCAGCUGCCCGCCCGGCGAAGCCAUCACAGCUCCCCUGCGCCGGCGGCUGCAUGAGGACAGGAAGGGCUUUUCUCCAGAGUCUAUAUUUUUUCAGCGACAAGGACCCGGGUCUCCCGUGCUGCCGCCCGGAAGAGCGAGGAGAGGGCGCCCUGAGCUGACACUGCCGCCUUACGCCCGCCGCCCCGUCCCCGUCCCCGUCCCCCUCCCCGUCCCCGUCCCAGUCCCAGUCCCCUCGGCAGGUGUUCCCGGGCGCCGCCGGGGCGCCGCCCACUGGGAGGGGACAGCGGACCGGCUGCACCGCCCGGCCGGGCAGCCCCCCCUCCCCUGGGCAGACGUCGCUCCCUCCUGGGACUGAGGCUGCAGCAUUGGAACAAAACAGCAUUAUUUCACUUUUUCUUUUUCUUUUUGUUUGUUUGUUCAUUUAAACGUAUAUUUAGAACUGCACUUUGUCACACAUCUUCCCUCCCGUUUUUAUCCCCUGGCUGACUGAGGUUCUCACUUUCCGAACGCUGAAGCCGCUGUUGCUAGAGCCGGCCGCCGCGGCGCUCCGGCGCUCGGCAGCCCUCUGGUGCUGUCGGACAAGGGAUCGCGGGACGCGAAAGCUGGACUCGGGGGGUAGUUCUGUGCCUUCCAGCAUCUUGUGCAGCCAGCCCGACUCGUCUCUUACCCCCAGAUGUGUCUUCAGUAGCAAUCGACUCUGCCACUAUCAAAAUAAGUUCCUUGCAUUUAUUCCAAAUAAUCUCGUUUACUCUCGACUGUUUAUGCAAGUUGUAGAAGGUUUCCUACACCCAGGCUCGACCACGAUUUCCCGGUAGACCAGAGGCGCUGCCUGCCCGGACGCGGCGGUGGCGGCGGUGGCGACAUGCGCGAGGAAGACCGUCCCGGGACUCCCGCCGGCCUCCGUUCCCGCGCCGCAGCCUCUGUGCGGGCAGGCCGGCCCAGGGCGGAGAUAUGGGUGCUGACGUCCCCUGUGGGGUAUCGCCCUUGGUUUACUGGGGGGCCCGGGUGCCGCUGGGCCCCCUUCUGAAGUGCAAUGCAAAAGGGACACCGUGUAUACGCAGCGUGUGUUUGGGUUUUGUUUUUCUUCUUGCUUUGUGUUCUUUCGCAGUCAGUAACUCUGUAUGCAUGGGAUGGCAGCCUCUGCCACACGGACACCCCUCGGUGGGCAUUAUCGCCGCAUCGUGUAAAGGCUUGGUUGCUAGGCGACUGUCAGAACGCCAUGUCGGCCUUGUUUUUCCAGAGUUGUGUUAUUUUCGGUCAUUUUUCAAGGGAAACUAAAUGGCUUAGUUGGAGCAAAGCUUCACGUGUGUCGGUGUGCUUCUGUGCGACGCGCUGCCCAGCCUGGGCGCUCCGUGGCCCCCGAGCUGCCAGGCUCCGGGGGGGGGUGAACUUUCUAGGUGGUGCUCCAGGGCGCGGCCCGUUCCACCCCUCCGGCACCUCUGCGGGAGGAGCUGGACAGGCGGCCGAGGCGCGUCUCCUGGGGCUGGGGGGGUGUGCGAGGCCCGGGGCCGCGGAGCCACAGGACGCGAGGCGGACGGUGGGCUCCCGUCACCAGCAGCUUGACCUUCCCUGGCAGCUCCCUGAGCGAGGCCGGCGGGCGGGCGCGGGUGUCGGGUGUCCGCCACCUCUGCCCUGGGCGCACCCGCGGCUCCCGGCCUUUCCAAGGCCGAGGAGGGAUCUGUCUUGUGGGCUGUUGACUCCCCGUGUGUGGCACUUGUUGUCGGACGACUGUGUAUUUAGUUGAGUUACUCAUUUUUUUGUGCUGGAAGAGACUUCACGAAGGGAAAUACAACAGCAAUAACACAUCAUGGAGCAGCUAACUCACACCCGAGACUCCGCUUCCGUUCAGAACUGGCUGGCGACAGACCUCGCCUGUAAAUACUCCCGUUACACUCUGUAUCAUACGUGUACAGGGGGGUUCCGGAAACCCUUUCUUACCUGGUAGUUGUCUUGUUUUCUGGGUGGUUUUCACGGAACAUGCUCCUCCACCGGAAGGGGCUGGGGAGACCCUGCCCCUCGGGCGCCCAGCCUGCCCAGCCCCGUUCACGGGCGCCCGAGGAAGCAUGUUCUUGCUUCAAGUCAGGAGUCACGAACGACCUUUUUUUUCGAUUAAGGAAAAAAAAAAAACACAGCUCUACCUUUGUAUCCGCCAGGAGCGUCCGCAUCGCGUCCCCAUCCCUCCUCUGCUGCUGCUAAUGACGAUAUGAUGACUUACUCUACUAUCCGAAAACUAUUUUUAUGUAAUUAAUGUAUGCGCUCUUGUUUAUAAAUGCCUGAUUUAAA